UAGACUUUGAUAAAGGGAAUUUAGUUAUUCACCAUCUUAGUAUAAACACCAGGCCGUUUUGAAAAUGUUUUAUACGGAACUUUAGCUGUAGGGUUGAGUCCUAGCUUUAAAGCGAAAAAGGAAGUGUGGGAGAGUACUUCUCUCGGUGUUUUUAUUCGUCUCUGUUUAAAUUAAAAGCUCAGCGACUGUACGCUAGCGUGAGAAACAGUCAUAUGCUAAAGUUGGCAGUUCAUAACCAGUGUGAUACAUCGAUAGCUAAUCAACAGCAUUAGCAUGUGAUUUAAUUUCUGUCGAUGCUGUCUAAAGGGCCUUUUUUGCGUUUUUCCUAUGCAAGAGAAUAAUUAUCCUGCAGCUUCCGGGUUCGACCGGAAGCUGUUUUUCUUGUUUACAUUCUCCGGGGCUCUGCGAGCUAACUGGCGAAGGGAAGCGCUACGGCUUUUCCAAAACAAUGUCUGACAGUUGAUUAAAACCGUGGAUUUAUUGCAGUUUUCUGCUCUAUUUCCUCUGUGUUGUUUUGGGGGUCAUGGCUUCCCCUCGCUGGUGCUGCCUCGGGGUGUCGUUACCGCUCCUGCUACUGCUGCUGCUGCGGUGGCCGGGGCUGCUGGCGGUGGCGGAGCAGGUUGCUCUGGUAGAGGUUUUCUUGGAACAGCGGCCAGAUGCGAGCGACCUGCUCCAGGGGGAGGUGGUUGAGUCCAGCCUGGGCGGUGGGAGCUCCGAGCAGCGGGACGAGGAGCGAGAAGAGUUGGAGGCAGACCUGGUCCUGGUUAGAGAUGAGGUGACACCAGUGGACGAAGGAGAAGACGAGGCUGACAUCAAGAAGCAGGAGCCGUGGAUCGGGGUUGUGCCCGUGGAGAUAGACGAAAGCAAAGCCUCGACUGGGAACCAGGAGUCCUUCGCUGAUGCUGUGGUAAAUAAAAUGAAGCGAGCGUUGGUCCUCGGAGCGUCGGCGCUGAUUAUUCUGGCUCUCAACCAAAACACCGUCAGUGAGAUGGAUUUAUCCCAGGUGCUGUCCAAGCCCAUCAUUGUGAUCCAGACAUCAGAAAAUGUGACCAAGCUGAUCGGAGCACUGCUCAGGGGCCUUCAGGCGACGGCAAAAAUCACAUACAGGACGAUCCUGCAGGACAACCUGGGAGCCACGCUCACGCUGUGGUCCAGCUGCGGGCGGUCGAGAGGAGGUCGCUACGGGGAGUGGCAGGGGGUCAUCUGCACCGGCGAGACCAACUCUCAGGUCCAGAAGUACCUGCAGCAGCUGUGGGACACCGUCCUCCUGGUGGCUCUGAUCCUCAGCACAGGAGUCAUCGUUCAGGCUCGCUGGCAGUACCAAGGCCGCCAGCUGAACGACGACUUAGAGCUCCUUCCCAAACAGGACGUUCUGAAGAGGAUGUCAUCCCUGAAGACCAAACGAUACCGUCAGCCCAAACCCUGGUGUGACCCGUCGCAGCUGGCAGAGGCGGAAACCUGUGCCGUCUGUUUGGAGCCUUUUAACAACAACCAGUGUCUGCGGGUGCUGCCGUGUCUUCACGAGUAUCACAGAGACUGUGUCGACCCCUGGCUGCUGCUGCAGCACACCUGUCCUCUGUGCAAGCGCAGCAUCCUCAGCAGCAUCUGCAAAGACAGCUAACAGUCGUUUCAUCUCGGGGAGUCGGUUCACAUCCCGACCUCAGUGACACUUAUUUUUUGUUUUUGGUUAAAGCGACCUCAACACUUCCUCCUUCCAGCUGUGGAUUUGGGAGCAUAAACUUGUCGUCGCUGCUGACCGGCCAUCAGAUUUUAACCUCUACAACAUACAGUGGUAGUUUAAAGCAGUACUACGAAGUUCCCCACUGGUCGUGUUAUCUGUGAACAGAACUUCUUCUUGAGAUCUCGUUACUGUACAACUCGGUGUGUAAACAGCAGCAAAUGCAACUGUUUCUGGGAUCAGUAUGUGUAAAAACUGACAACCUCAGUAUCUGAGUCAGCUGCUGGUGCAAAGGCGUUCAAUGCUUUUAUGUUUUUAGUGUGGAUGUACUGAUCACCUGGUUCACUUUAGGUCAAAAUGAUGUCAGUAACCAACAACCAGGGAGGACUGAAAGUUUAAAAAAUGGUCGUCUUUGGUACUUUGCAGUUCAGUGGUAGUUGUGGAGCUUCUGUAGUCGUAGUGCAGGAGUCAGUGUGUACCAGCUGGUAUCAUGUAGGGAAAAAAACACAUCCUUAAACUCCUCCUUUACCAUUUUAUUUAUUUUUCCUGCAAUUAAUCAUGCUUAGCAUACAUCAGCAGCCAGUUUAGUUUCACCUGCACAAUCAGUGAUGCUGAACAGGUAGGAUUGUGUUGGCAGCAUAGAAGGAUAUUGUCCCUUUUUAUGAAGCUCUGUGUAACGAGUGCUCUCACAGCUGCUACAGUUUUACUUUACAAAUCAUAGAUCUGCUGCAGUGUCUUUUCAGCUCUUAUUUUCCAUUUAAAUGAAUUAUCUUUGGGAAAUUUGAAUUCUGCAGUUUGAUGAGAAGAAUUCCACUCGUGUUUCUAAGAUUUAAAGAAAAGAAAAAAAAAUGAAGCCAGACUGAAAUGACAGCAAGUCUGGCUCCAUCCUAAAGAAUCAGAAUACCAGAACCUCGUUAGCUUAUGGCCCAUCCUCUUUCCUUACCAAUGAGCUGCAGGGCUGCUAAUUUGGAUGUAGCCUGUGGACGGGCCUUAAAUCUCUCUCUCCUCUGUGGCUCCAGAAAGAGUUCUGGUUGCAUAAAAAUCUACUUAAAAUUACCUUCAGCUCUCUUUCUUUGUUAGCUUUCAUAAACCCUGUU